CAGCAUGAACGAUAAUUUUCAAAGUGGCAACGUGGCAUACACCUCGAUGACGUCAUGGACUGCGUUGACACUUUACCUCCGCCUCCCUCCUCCCUCUUUGACUCGUCCGGCACUCUUGAUAAGGCACGGGUUCAGUCGGCCAUUUUUUUAUAGGGGGCUAGAACAAAAUCACAAUAAAAAUGUUCCUUUCACUUCUUCCGAAAGCAUCUUGUCAAUCCCAGAAUGCUGUUGUACCAACAACAUCUCAGGAAGCUCCUAAGUUAGGACUUGUUCAGUCCUUGACAGCUGGAAGAACUAUUGCUGCUGCUUCCAUAGCCCAGGGAGACAGUUGUGAAUUUGGUUCAUUACAUUAUUUUGCCCUUUGCGGUCUUGGAGGUGUUCUAUCCUGUGGUCUUACCCAUACAGCUGUUGUGCCCCUUGAUCUUGUAAAAUGCCGUAUCCAAGUAGACCCCGCGAAAUACAAGAGCGUAUUCCACGGUUUCAAAGUCUCCCUAGCCGAAGAAGGUACAAAAGGACUGGCCAAGGGAUGGGCACCCACCUUCAUCGGUUACUCUAUUCAGGGUCUCUGUAAAUUUGGUCUCUAUGAAGUAUUCAAAGUAUUCUACUCAGAUUUGAUUGGGGAAGAAAAUUCAUACCUCUACCGUACCUGGUUGUACCUCGGUGCCAGUGCUUCGGCUGAAUUCUUCGCUGAUAUCGGUCUUUCACCCCUGGAAGCUGCCAAGGUCAAAAUCCAAACGACACCUGGCUUUGCUAACACCUUGAGGGAAGCAUGGCCUAGGAUUAUGAGAGAGGAAGGUGUCAACGGCUUCUACAAAAGUUUGGUACCACUAUGGAUGAGGCAGAUUCCAUACACCAUGAUGAAGUUCGCUUGUUUCGAAAGGACGAUCGAACUUUUGUACAAAUAUGUCGUACCCAAACCUAGGGCUGAAUGUACGAAGGGAGAACAGUUGGUUGUAACCUUCGCUGCUGGUUACAUUGCUGGUGUGUUCUGUGCUGUCGUCAGUCAUCCAGCCGAUACUGUUGUAUCGAAGUUGAAUCAAGAGAAGGGAGUUUCCGCAAUGGAAGCUGCCAAGAAAUUGGGUAUGGCCGGUCUGUGGAAAGGAUUGACCCCAAGGAUAGUCAUGAUUGGUACUUUGACAGCCUUACAGUGGUUCAUCUACGAUGCAUUCAAGGUCGCCAUGCGCAUGCCAAGGCCCCCACCACCAGAAAUGCCGGAAUCCCUCAGGAAGAGGUUGGAAGCUGAAGGAAAAGCCGUAGCUUAAGUUUAAAUAAGAUUAAACCAAUGAUUUAAAACAAUUUUCAAAGCAAGAGAUGAUUCCAGUAUUCGAUGAUAUUAAAAGGCAGUCAUUAAGCUGAACCCAGUGAAAUGUCGACAUGUGAUCUUUCGAUUCUUUUGACACUAUCAAAAUCCAUUUAUUUAUGUCUUUUAGAUUGUAUAUAGGAGAAAUAAAUAGUGUUAAAAUUUAACAUAA